UGCGAGACUGAGCGGCGGGGAGUGGUUCGCGGCCUCCGGCCCCAGCUGCGAGGAAGAUGGCGGACCCGGCCGAGUGCAACAUCAAAGUGAUGUGUCGCUUCAGACCGCUCAACGAGUCUGAGGUGAACCGCGGCGACAAGUACAUCGCCAAGUUUCAGGGAGAAGACACGGUCAUGAUCGCGUCCAAGCCACCUGCUUUUGAUCGGGUGUUCCAGUCAAGCACAUCUCAAGAACAAGUGUAUAAUGACUGUGCAAAGAAGAUUGUUAAAGAUGUACUUGAGGGAUACAAUGGAACAAUAUUUGCAUAUGGACAAACAUCUUCUGGGAAGACACACACAAUGGAGGGUAAACUUCAUGAUCCAGAGGGCAUGGGAAUUAUUCCAAGAAUAGUGCAAGAUAUUUUUAAUUAUAUUUACUCCAUGGAUGAAAAUUUGGAAUUUCAUAUUAAGGUUUCAUAUUUUGAAAUAUAUUUGGAUAAGAUAAGGGACCUAUUAGAUGUUUCAAAGACCAAUCUUUCAGUUCAUGAAGACAAAAACCGAGUUCCCUACGUAAAGGGAUGCACAGAACGUUUUGUAUGUAGUCCAGAUGAAGUUAUGGAUACCAUAGAUGAAGGAAAAUCCAAUAGACAUGUAGCAGUUACAAAUAUGAAUGAACAUAGCUCUAGGAGUCACAGUAUAUUUCUUAUUAAUGUAAAGCAAGAGAACACACAAACAGAACAGAAGCUGAGUGGAAAACUUUAUCUGGUUGAUUUAGCUGGUAGCGAAAAGGUUAGUAAAACUGGAGCUGAAGGUGCUGUGCUGGAUGAAGCUAAGAACAUCAACAAGUCACUUUCUGCUCUUGGAAAUGUCAUUUCUGCUUUAGCUGAGGGCAGUACAUACGUUCCAUAUCGAGAUAGUAAAAUGACAAGAAUCCUUCAAGAUUCAUUAGGUGGCAACUGUAGAACUACUAUUGUAAUUUGCUGCUCUCCAUCAUCAUACAAUGAAUCUGAAACAAAAUCUACACUCCUAUUUGGUCAAAGGGCCAAAACAAUUAAGAACACAGUUUGUGUCAAUGUAGAGUUAACUGCAGAGCAAUGGAAAAAGAAGUAUGAGAAAGAAAAAGAAAAGAAUAAGACGCUGCGCAACACCAUUCAGUGGCUUGAAAAUGAACUCAACCGAUGGCGUAAUGGGGAGACAGUGCCUAUUGAUGAACAGUUUGACAAAGAGAAAGCCAACUUGGAAGCUUUCACAGUAGAUAAGGAUGUUACUAUUACCAAUGAUAAGCCAGCAGCCACAAUUGGAGUUACUGGAAAUUUCACUGAUGCUGAAAGAAGAAAGUGUGAAGAAGAAAUUGCUAAAUUAUACAAACAACUCGAUGACAAAGAUGAAGAAAUUAACCAGCAGAGUCAACUUGUAGAGAAACUUAAGACACAGAUGCUGGAUCAGGAAGAGCUUCUGGCAUCCACCAGAAGGGAUCAAGACAAUAUGCAAGCUGAGCUGAAUCGCCUUCAGGCAGAAAAUGAUGCCUCUAAAGAAGAAGUAAAAGAAGUUUUACAGGCCUUAGAAGAACUUGCUGUCAAUUAUGAUCAGAAGUCUCAGGAAGUAGAAGACAAAACUAAGGAAUAUGAAUUGCUUAGUGAUGAACUAAAUCAGAAAUCGGCAACUUUGGCAAGUAUAGAUGCUGAGCUUCAGAAACUCAAGGAAAUGACCAACCACCAGAAAAAAAGAGCAGCUGAGAUGAUGGCAUCUUUACUGAAAGACCUUGCAGAAAUAGGAAUUGCUGUGGGGAACAAUGAUGUAAAGCAGCCUGAGGGCACUGGCAUGAUAGAUGAAGAGUUCACUGUGGCAAGACUCUACAUUAGCAAAAUGAAGUCUGAAGUGAAAACAAUGGUGAAACGGUGCAAACAGUUAGAAAGCACACAGACUGAGAGCAACAAAAAAAUGGAGGAGAAUGAAAAGGAAUUAGCAGCAUGCCAGCUGCGUAUCUCUCAGCAUGAAGCCAAAAUCAAGUCAUUGACUGAAUACCUUCAAAAUGUGGAGCAAAAGAAAAGACAGCUGGAGGAAUCCGUUGAUUCCCUCAGUGAAGAACUAGUCCAGCUUCGAGCACAAGAGAAAGUCCAUGAAAUGGAAAAAGAGCACUUAAAUAAGGUUCAGACUGCAAAUGAAGUUAAGCAAGCUGUUGAACAACAGAUUCAAAGUCACAGAGAAACUCAUCAAAAACAAAUCAGCAGUUUGAGAGAUGAAGUUGAGGCAAAAGAAAAACUUAUUACUGAUCUUCAAGACCAAAAUCAGAAAAUGAUGUUAGAGCAGGAACGUCUAAGAGUAGAACAUGAGAAAUUGAAAGCUACAGAUCAGGAGAAGAGCAGAAAAUUGCAUGAACUUACGGUUAUGCAAGAUAGACGAGAACAAGCGAGACAAGACUUGAAGGGUCUAGAAGAGACAGUGGCAAAAGAGCUUCAGACUUUACACAACCUGCGUAAGCUCUUUGUUCAAGACUUGGCUACCAGAGUUAAAAAGAGCGCAGAGAUCGAUUCAGAUGACACUGGAGGCAGUGCUGCUCAGAAGCAAAAAAUCUCCUUUCUUGAAAAUAAUCUUGAACAGCUUACUAAAGUACAUAAACAGUUGGUACGUGAUAAUGCAGAUCUUCGCUGCGAACUUCCUAAACUGGAAAAGCGACUUAGAGCUACAGCUGAAAGAGUGAAAGCUUUGGAAUCGGCACUGAAAGAAGCCAAAGAAAAUGCAUCUCGUGACCGAAAACGCUAUCAGCAAGAAGUAGAUCGCAUAAAGGAAGCUGUCAGGUCAAAGAAUAUGGCCAGAAGAGGGCAUUCCGCACAGAUCGCUAAACCUAUUCGUCCGGGGCAGCAUCCAGCAGCUUCUCCAACUCAUCCAAGUGCAAUUCGUGGAGGAGGCGCAUUUGUUCAGAACAGCCAGACAGUGGCAGUGCGAGGUGGAGGGGGCAAACAAGUGUAAACGUUGACACAUACUCACAGAUGUUGAAAAGUAAUUGAAGUAUGAAGAGGACAUAGUAUCAAACACAGUCAUUCAGAGACUACAUCUUCUAGUUGUAGAAAUACAACUUUUCUCAGUGUAUAAGUUAUACCUGGCCUGUACAGCUGUUUCCUACCCACUCUUCUUGUAAACUCUGCUGCUUCCCAACACCACUAGAGUGCAAUUUUGGCGUCUUAGGAAAGAAAAAUGGCAGUUUACAACUGUGGCCCUAUUUAUUACACAGUUUGUCUUUUGUGUCUUAAAUUUAGUCUUCACUGUGCCAAGCUAACUAGACCUUGUAGGAUUGUGCUUUUUGUAUUUGUUUUUGUUCAUGUUUAUUUUUAAUCUCAGUUUAAAUUACUUAGCUGCUACUGCUUCUUGUUUUUCUUUUCCUAUUAAAAUGUCUUCCUUUUUUUUUUUUUUUUUUUAGGGAAAAUGGAACAUUUAGAUUAAAGUUCUUAAAUUUUACCGCUUAACACACUACAUGCCCACACAAUAUAUCAAGUCAGUACUGUAUUUUAAAAUCCCUUGAAAUGAUCAUCGGGGUUAACAUUAUUUAUAUCAUUUCUGAAGUUCGCUUCUGGAAAACUACUGUUUGAGCACUGAGACCUUACAGCUGUCUAAUUCGGCAUUUGAGACCGAGCAAGGCUACUUGUUAUCUCAUGAAAUGCCUCUUGUAGGGUUGUUUUAAAUAGAAAUAUUUUACAAUAUCAAAAGCAAAUCACAGUUUAGGAGAGUUUGGGAAAGGGUUUGUAUUUCUCUUCCUGAUUCUAAACUCAGCAUAGCGUGGUGGAGUGAAAAUACCGUGCAUUCUGGUGAGCCUGGCUAAUGAAAGUAUUGGGCAGAUGUUAACUCGUCAUCUUUAUUUUAAUGAAAUGAGUUAGGAUAUUAUAGGAGUAAACAUAAUUUUAUGUUGUUAGUACUGCUUUUCUAAAUUUAUAGCCUAUAGAAAAUGAGGGGGAAAAUGUGAGGAAACAGACAGAUACAUGGUAAAUUAGGAAAUUUCAAGAUAAAUUUUGGUCAGAAAUCCCUGAGGUAUUUUUAACCUGCACUAAAUCAUACAUUAUAAUUUAUUUCUUGUUUAGUCUGGAAAUAGUAAGUGUUUGCAAAGUCACUAAUACUCCUCAAAUAAAUUAUUUGGUUGGCCGUAGCCCAUAAUUUUUUAUUUAAUAGUGUGUACCUAGUUUUUGUUUUGUUUUGUUUUAAAACCAACCUCUUCCUCAGAUGAUUAAGCCAAGUCAGCAGUUUAUUUUGGGAAGCUAUAAAAGUAACAGGAAAGAGAUUUCAAUAUUUGCUUCAUGAGUGGUGUGGGAGGGGGUGUGAUUGUUAGCAGAACUUUGCAGAAAAUGGAGAUUUAAGGUUAUUCAGUCAGUGGAGAAACUUGUAAAGUUCUGUGUUAGGUUCUGGAUGCAGAACUAACUUUUUGAAAAGGUUUUAUACACAGAUAUUUGUAUUAUUAAAUUUGGAGCCAUAGUCAGAAGACUCAGAUCAUAAUUGGCUUAUUUUUCUAUUUCCUUAACUAUUGUAAUUUCCACUUUUGUAAUAAUUUUGAUUUAAUAGAUAAAUUUAUUUAUUUAUUUUUUUAACAGAAAUUCUCGCUGUUAGUCUGCAAUCUUUAAAAUGAUUGUGUUGCUUUUAGGAUUGAUCAAAAGAAACACUCCAAAAAUUGAGAUGAAGCCCUUAAUGCAGCAAGAUAGAAGUAAUACAGUCAACCAAAAAACUGCUACAGCCUCUUUUUGACGAUAGUUUUCUAAGUGGAGAAAUACUUGACUGCAUUCAGAUAGAUAUUUGUAUUUUAUUUCCAGAUGAAAAUGUGCUUCUUUGGAAAUAAUUCAUUAAUGAAGCAAAAAUUUGUUUUCUCUUUUGUCUGAAUAUAGUAGUUUCAUUCUGUAAGAAGUAUCAUGGGCUUUGGUGCUGUAUAACAGAAUGAAUUGUAACUGGCUUGUUCAGAAUACACAAUGUUAGGGUUUUUUAAUAUCUUUGCUAUUUAUAAUUUCAAACUUUCAUAAAGUGUACCAAGGAUUUCAUUAAUUUGUUUUCAAUGACUGCUCUUUUUGCUAUGGUAAUUUCUGAUCAUCUAGAAUAUUGACACUUUUUCCAACUUUGCGGUGUCUUUUUUUUUUUUGACUGAAUACAUUAAUGUUCCUCUGACUGGAAUUGAUAAGAGAUUCAGAAGAGAAACUCAAUGAAAUGAAAAAGUAAUAUUUAUUCAUGGUGAUCAAUUAAAUUAUUUGCCUAAUUUAAGAAAAUUAACUGUUGCACAUAACUCGAUUUGUGCGUAACUCAAUUUGACAUGAGAUGACAGAGAGUCUGAGUCUACCUGUGGAAUAUGUUGGUUUAUUUUCAGUGCUUAUAGUCAAAGAUAAUUGGUUUGGGAAGACGCCAUAUAAUUUUAAGUUAACCUGCAUGCUGUAAAUGUGUUUUAUGUUUAAUAAAGAGAAAAAAUUUUUGGAAAUAUUA